UAAAAUAUACAAGGGCAAGAUGGCAGCCUCCAUUUGUCAUACUGCUCUUGUUUGGAAAUCAAUUUUACGAAAGCCAUUGCUGUUAGGAAUUAAUUCAUUGUCAUGCAGUCAUGUAAGUGUUGCACAUAAAACUACACAUGUAGUAAAUUACAAACGCACAAGGGCAGAGGUCGACCUGGCCCUGCGUAAGAAGCCCAAUUACCUUCAUUAUGAUCUGGUUGACAAGUACAGGCAUUCUCCCCUGCAGAAAGGGACGGAGAACAUUGAAGUUGAAUCUGAAACCACAGCACCUAGAGAUUACAGAUUUAUAAUGCCUGAGUUUAUGCCAAACCCAGACUUUAGGUAUAGAGACAGAGUUCUAGAAAAGCUGGAGAGGCGAGAUAUGCUCAGGCGGAGAAAUAUCAUUAACAUCCCAGAGUUUUAUGUUGGUAGCAUAAUGGCAGUGACCAUCUCUGACCCUCACAGUCCAGGCAAGACAAGCAGAUUUGUUGGCCUUUGUAUUGACAGAGGAGGCCAUGGGCUCAGAGCUUUCUUUGUUCUCCGAAAUAUUGUUGAUGGCCUUGGUGUUGAAAUCAGGUACCUGAUGUACAACCCAGUGGUCCACUCUAUAGAAGUGUUGAAGCUGGAGAAGCGGUUGGAUGACAUGCUGUACUACCUGCGUGACUGCCCACCUGAACACAGCACCAUCAGCUUUGACUUCUCACCUGUACCACUGUCCCGCGGGGCCCAAGUUCCUGUCAACCCCAUCAAGGUCAAGUUAAAUCCAAAACCUUGGGACACAAGAUGGGAGCGAUUCAAUUUCCAGGGCAUUGAGCCCAUAGACAUGAACAAAAGAAUGAUAAGACGACUCUCAAAGUUCCAGUCACGAAAACCCUGGCUAGAAAAGGACAUCAUGGUAGAUUAUCGCAAGAAGGUGAAUGAAGAGGAGGAGGAGAGCAUCAUGGCGGAAGUGUACAAAGAAAAACAAAUAAUUGACUCCAAGAGCAAGUUGUCUAAAGCUGUAAUGAGGAAGAAAAAAUAAAAUGUUAGUCAGGCAUGGAAUGGGAGAUUGUUCUUGUACACAUAUGGCCUGAUGAUUUGUAGGGGAGGGGUCUGAAAAGAUUUGAUUUUAGACUGGCGAGGUUUUGUCCAUGUCGUUAUCAAUAAACACAAUGCCUGGAAUG